AUGAUCCUUCUCGCCAUCGCCCUGAUACUACUUCUUUCAUGGGCUGCCAUCACACUUCGGCGGCUUGUAGCGGCGGUUGUAGUCGCAUACAAUGCGAUAAGUGCAUGGCUCAAAGAUCAACUAGCUGGACACCGAAUUUAUCGCACUGCAAGCAUAGCCAACUUCACCUAUACUGCAUACAGACCGAGCCUGGAUCAACGCCUAGUCCUGCGCGCCAUACCGAACCAGCGUCUUGCCGAUGCCUUUGGAAUCCACAAUUCGUUUACAACCUUCGAUAGGAAGGUUCACAUGAACUUCCUCAAGCGGUCGUUCGAAGCUGUCCGCAAAGCCGGCCACCAAGACUGGCUUCAGCUCUUCGGCCAUGCUUGUCGAGUUGUGAAAGGGUACUCUGACGUGCUGGGCAAAUCGGGCCAUGACAUCUUACUGGCAUCGAUUGUUCGCAAGGUCUGCCUCGGAGUGUGAUACUGCACUUGUUCGAAACUGCGGUGGAAGGGACAUCGCUGGACGAUGAGUACCAGACAGUAACCAACCAGAUCAACUUGCAAUAGAUUGCG